UCUGUACUCAUUCGACGAUGGCCCUUAUCAAACGCCAUUUCCCCUGUCAAGAAGAGGAUGAAUCAAGUCAUCAGAAGAAGAAAGCAAAACAAGUUGUGUCGAAACAUCUUCCUUCAUCUUGUGUCGUUCUCAAUUCCGCUGAUUGUGAUUUAGAUUUCAAUAUUGAAUGCAAUGGAGUAGUUGGGUAUGGCCUUCAUGAAGAAGGAUUUGGUUAUUGUUGGUCUGGUGCUCGAGCUAAUGUUGGAAUAACAAAGGGAAGAUAUUGUUUUGGUUGUGUUGUUGUUUCUGCUCAACUUGUUGAUACGGGUGAUACUACCCCUGAUCAGCGGAACCUUUGUCGUCUUGGUGUUUCUAGAGGUGAUGAUGUCGUUGGAGCUCUUGGUGAGACAAAAUAUAGCUUUGGUUUUGGUGGCACCGGAAAGUUCUCCAAUGCUGGGAAGUUUUUGAAUUUCGGUGAUAAGUUUGGCGUUGGUGAUACAAUAGUUUGUUGCGUUGAUUUUGAGAGUAAACCACUUGCUUCUAUUGGUUUCUCUAAGAAUGGUAAAUGGUUGGGUACUGCAAUACAAUUUGAUGCCGGUUCUCUUGGUGUUGGAUGGGAUUCUUCUAUUUCAAAGGAUUCACCUUGGGAAUGGGCACUUUUUCCGCAUGUCCUAUUGAAAAAUGUUGUGGUUCAGAUGCAAUUCAGUGUUGAACAAGGACUUGUUCCUCAAGAAGGGUUCAGACCUUGGGCCCUGGCUGUGGUGGAUGGAAAUGCGGCUAUGGGACCUUCGUUUUUGGAUCCAAAGGAUUGUGAAUUGAUGAUGCUAGUGGGAUUACCGGCCUCAGGCAAGACUACAUGGGCUGAAAAAUGGGUGAAAGAUCACCCAGAGAAGCGUUAUGUCUUACUUGGUACAAACUUAAUUCUUGAACAAAUGAAGGUUCCUGGACUGCUGCGGAAAAACAACUACAGUGAAAGGUUUGAUCGUUUGAUGGACAAGGCAACUGCAAUGUUCAAUGUAAUUCUGGCCAGGGCAGCUAAUGUUCCUCGCAAUUAUAUAAUCGAUCAGACAAAUGUGUACAAAAAUGCACGCAAGCGUAAGCUUAAUCCAUUUGUCAAUUAUCAAAAGAUUGCAGUUGUCGUGUUCCCAAAUCCAGAAGAGCUCAAGAGACGAUCUGAAAAAAGAUUUAAAGAAAUGGGUAAAGAAGUUCCAGUUGAUGCUUUGAAUAAAAUGAUAGCUAAUUAUGUUCUACCUAAAAGCAAGGAUCUUCCAUAUUCCGAUGAAUAUUUUGAUCAGGUUUUGUUUGUUGAACUGAACCGGGACGAGUCUCAGAAAUAUUUGGAUCAGAUGAAGCAAGAUACUCUGUCUCUAUCUAAUACCAACCCGUCAACAUUAUCGCACAGAGGUUCUUCUGAGUCUUCUUUCCGACCUGCAUUUCAUAGUCAAGGAAGUUCGACAGGAAGUGGCAUUCACCAGUGGAGAGCUAAUUCUUCCAUCUCUCAACCCGACUAUAGGAUGCCUAGUCAAGUCAAUACACAUGGUUUUAUGAAUGAACCUCAUCACAAUAUGAAUCCGUUGUGUAGAGGAUAUCCAAGCAGUCAUAUUUCACAUGUUUCAAGACCACCCUAUCCUAUAUAUAAUGUUGGUUCCAGUAGAACUUACAGUGACAUCGAAACAUACGGAAACCCUGUUUUCGGUAGCCAGUAUAGGCCAAACACUGUAGGGAACAACAAUAUGGGUUUUCAUGGAAGACCUUAUGUUGAAUACAGAGACUUUCAGCCUGACCUGCCUUUACCUGCAGCAGCCACAUCUUUGCAUCCUCCAUAUGGGGAACCGACUCUAAGGCCUCAACAUGGUGGAUUACCUGAUAACAUCCAGUAUCCAGGGAGAUAUGCUUCUCAAUAUCCAAAAUACUAGCACUGAAACUAAUCACACAAUGUCAAUGUUAAGUGGAGCAAGACAUCAUUGACAGCUAGAACUGGGUGUUGACCAUGAUGAUCUGAAGCAGCUUUAUCAUGUAUCCAAAAUCACUACAGAAGCGACAGUUAUUGUGAAGAAGAUUUUUGAUUCAAAUGAUAAAUUUUCAAAAAUGAAACUCCAAAAACACCAUUGAGAAAAUUGAAAGUCUCGAAGUUCAAUAGAGAUGAAUUAAGCGACAUCUCUAUGGUAUUAUUCUGCAUUACGGAUUGCACCAUUGAUAAAGAUUAUGAAGAAAUUGAAAGACUCAAAGUUCAAUCAAAGAGGAAUUAAGUGGUCGUUUUGCGAUAUUGUUCUGCGUCACGGAUUGCACUGAUGAUGAAGAUUAUGAAUAGAUAUUCUACUUAAGAAUUGAUAUGUUAGAUAGAUUAGAAAGGAUAGCGAUACGUUUGGUUUGACAAAACAAGAAAAUUAUGAGGAUACAUUUGGUUUGACAAAACAAGAAAAUUAUGAGGAUUUUGUAUGGAGUACCAUAAUGGAUUGUGUAUUAGUUAAU